AGUUUUGAUUUUGAAAUUCGUCUGCUGCGAUGUGGUGGUAAAAUAGCUUUGUGACACUUUUUAUAAACAAUAAAACGAGGAGAUAAAUUUACAUAUUCUGAAGAAAUUUCUGAUAAUGGAGCUAACUGUCGAGAAUUUAGAAAAAGCCGUUAGUCAUUUUUAUCAAAAUUUAGCCACACAAUCCCAGCUUAACGUGUGGUUGACUGCUGCUCAAACAUCGGCUCAAGCAUGGAUAUUUGCAUGGCAACUUCUCGAUCAAUCAAAGCCUGUGGAGGUGCAGUACUUUGGAGCAAGCUCACUUCAGAUUAAGAUAUCUAGAUUUUGGCACGAGAUUCCAGCUGACAAUUAUGCACUUUUCAGAGAAAAACUGAUUGACGCUGUUAUGUUUUAUGCAAGUGGGCCCAAAAUCGUUUUAACCAGGUUAUGCCUGGCGCUAUCAUCCAUGAUAUUGCACUCCAUUCCUGAUCAGUGGGCUAGUCCCCUGAAUGAUUUCAUAUCAGUGUUGCAGCAGGCCAGUGGAGAAAGAACAUUGCAAUCACAUCAUGUAACACUGUUGCUAGAAAUAUUGACCGUUCUUCCAGAAGAGUUUCAAAAUAUGAAAUUAACGCAUGAUCGAAAAAUCUCCAUUAGAAGAGAACUACUUAAGGCAGUUAAAGACGUACUACCAAUUUUGCGCGAAGUGAUAUGCCGUGGAAUCUCGCGUGAGGCACAAAUUUCACCGGAGGACGAAGCAGCCGCGUUGGCUGGCAUCAAAUGUUUCUCAUCGUGGAUUCAACAUGGAGUUGGAAUCGGCUUAGAAGAAAGUCUUCAUUUGGUGGAACCUUUGUUAGCGGUGGCUCGUAAUGCGAAUUUGGCUGAAGCAUCUUUGGACGCCUUGACUCAUCUUUUGAACCACCCGGAAGCUCACCGUUAUCCAAGUUUGCUUAUGGACAUGUUGAACCAGUUGCUCUCUCUGAAAGACCAAAUCCAGCUGCUUAGACGUGAAGGAGAUCUGGAGGGUGCCGCGCACAUCUAUGCUACGCUUGCGGCAUUUGGCGAGAGCCACUCUCGUCUUUUAUUAGACGCCGUUCUGGAAGACGGACUAAAGAAGGAGAAUGUUCUGCAGCUGACACAAAUCAUGUUGGAGAGCACCGGAACUCCCGGUCGCUACCCACUAGACGAAAAUUGUAGUCACUUGGCAUUUAGUUUCUGGUACAUUCUUCAAGACGACAUCUGCACUUCAAAUGCUGAGAAACAGAAAAUCUACGAAUCGUUGUUCGGCCCAGCCUAUUUGGCCUUGGUCGAUAUCUUGUUGACAAAAUCGAUGAUUACGGUAGAUCAAUCGGAUUGGAGUCCCGACGACAAAGAGACCUUUCGAUGCUAUCGUCAGGAUAUCUCCGAUACAUUGGCAUAUUGUUAUAAGUUCCUGCGAUCGGCCAUGAUGAACCGUUUGGCGUCCCACCUUGCUUCAACGGUGUCACAAUGCAAUCAGAACCCCAGUGAAUGGCCUCCGUUGGAGGCAUGUCUACACGCUUUAAAAGCGGUCGCUGAGAAUAUCGAAGCAGAAGCAGACUUGCUUGUUCCUCAGAUUCUGAGUUUAUUUGGCAAUAUUCCAUACGGCUCGGGUCAUCGUUACGUCGUUAAUACGGCGCUCGAGACACUUGGCGCUUACGCUGAAUGGUUGAGCGCCCAUCCCACCUACCUGGGUCAUGUGCUACCUAUUCUCCUUUUCGGUCUUAACAGUUCGGACGCCGCACCAGCAGCAACAUUGGCCCUUAAGGAUAUAACUCGAGAUUGUCAAAUUGGGAUUCGGCCAUAUGCUGAAGCAUUGUUGCAAGGUGCUGAACAAGCCUUGCGCCUCGAUGAUCUCAAAGCUAGUGAAAAGAUACGGUUGAUGUACAUAUUAGGAAAAGUUUUAUCAAUUCUACCCUUGGAUGUGAUAGUAGCUAGCCUCAAUCGUGUGGUUGGCCCGUGUGUAGAAGAAUUGCGCACGUUGUGCAACACCCGAGAACCGGACGCCCUGACAAAAGUUGUACUUAUUACCAGGCUUAAAAUGAUUGCUACGUUAUGCACCACGCUCGACCUAAGAAUCUCUGGGGGAGACGAUUCUGAAGCUGAUGAAUCCGUGACUCGACAGGCUUUGGCAAUUCAGCAACAACCUGUUCUUUUGAUUGCCCAGCAAUUGCUGCCAUUCUUGAAAGGUGUUGUGGACCACUGGGGGGCCGAUGAGCAGAUUUCCGAGUCCAUCUGCUUGGUCGUCAAACAUACUGUUUCAACUUUGAUGGAAGAAUCUUUAUCUUUCUUGCCAGAAUUGGCAGCCGUAAUCGUCCAAUGCCACCGGCUGUCACCCCAAGCAGCUACAUUGGAUGUAGCUAAGCUCAUCAUUUUAAUUUUCAGCCAGACUACUGGCGACGCUCAGCAGCUUAUUAGAGCUUUCCUCUCGGAAAUUAUUGGAACUACAUUGCAAGUUUGCGGGAUCGACUACAGUACGCUGACACUGGACGGAGUGCCAUCCGUUGAUGUUAGCCGGCUCGCCGAAAACAAUGAAGUCUUGGCCAGUUUUCUCGGUCUUCUCACUCAAAUAAUCAGAAAAAGUCCAAAAUUAUUGAGCGGCUCCGCUUACCCUUUAUCUUCGCUGUUUUAUUGUGGAAUUGUCGGUUUAACGAGACCUGAAUCACCAGUCCUUAAAGCGUCUACUCAAUACUUGGUUCACUUCAUCACUCAAAGUAGGGAGAAUCCUGAACUUGUGUCUGUUGUGCAGAAUCAGGGUCCACUUCUUGUCGCCCAGCUUCUUAGCUGCAUAGGUGGAGAAUCACCUCGGGCCCUGGUGGAACAUACGGCCGACGUCAUUUUGGCACUUAACAAGAAAUAUUUUGACAGUCUCUGUCGGUGGAUGAGCACAUCUCUUGGUCGCGAACGUUUUCCAUCGCCUCUUGUCAGUCAGCCUCAAAAGGAGAAUUUUUGCCGUUCUAUCCUGAAGGAAAAGUCAAACAAAAGGCGACUGCAAGACAUUGUACGAGAAUUCUCCCUAUUGUGUCGAGGGCUUGAAGGAACUGAGUACUCGGAGCAGACGAGUCGUAUUCUUCCGUAAGUUUUAAAACAAUUUGAUGUAAUUUGUAUAUCUUUCGCGUCAUUAUACAUCCAUUCGACAUAUCA